AUACGACAGGUUGAAGUUUCCCCCAACACGGAAGUUGAUACGUUACUGGGUUCCCAAGAUGAACUAUAUUUCGAGCCUUUUCGAUUUUGUUUGAUUUCAUUUAGGAAAAGGAACAUUAUGUCAUAGUAUUUACAAUGAAAAUGCGUGGCAGGUUUCGUGAUGGACUGUGGAAGAUUUAUAGUUUUGUGUCUGCGUUCGAGUUUACGAGUGGGGUCGUGUUUGUAGUCACAUUAUCUUGUGUCCUGAGCAUCGUUACGAAUCACUUCAACAUUUCGGGACAUACACUAAGUCUGGAAUCCAGCGUUGUUCUCAACGGCCAUGUUCACAAACUUCUCACCUACUGCUUUUACCAUAAGGAUGUUGAACACCUCUUUCUCAGUGUGGCUGUGCUAGUGUCGUUCUGCAGUGGAUUAGAGAAAGGAGUGGGCACAGUGCGAUUCCUGCACCUUUUACUUUUUCUGGUCACUUCUAUUGGCGUAAUACAUGUACUACUGGAACUGCUGUUGUUUUCUCCAUCUACAAGGAGUUCAGUUUCAGGCCUAAUCCCAGCUUCUCUCGCCAUGCUGGGCAUGGUGACCAUCAGUUCCCGCAUGAGGAAGGCAUUCCUGCUAGGCUUUACUGUGCCCACUGCAGCUCUUCCCUGGCUCCUGAUGUUCAUUGUUUAUCUCUUUAUCCCAAAUACUGUGUUCUUAUGCAAUGUCCUGGCUGUAAUUACUGGGCAGAUGUAUGGCAUGAAAUGGUUUUCAGUGUUUCAGAUGUCUGAGUCCAAAGCGUGUGUGUUUGAGAAGAUGGUGCCAUUCAGAUUGCUGAAGAAAAUAACAUGGGUGCAUUUUGUCCCUGCAUCCGCAGGGGAGCGAAAAAAAAUCCUGCACACUAUAUGCAGCCCAUCACCUGGCUCAUACCCUGUCCAGUCUUAUGCUCCAGCAUCUAUGUUUGCUUCUCAAGCCAAAGGAAAUGCUCUAAGCAGCGUAGAUGGUUGGUCACAUUCAACCAUUAUCCAACAGAACUACACAAAACCUUCUCUAAACCCUGGAUAUAGCAUUGGGCCCAGAUUUGGAUCCAGCCAUGGACAUACACAUGGACAUGACUGUGGACACGGGCACAGUCAUCAAUAUCAGGCCAGCGAUUUUUGGAUGCCAAAGUUUCCUUAUGCCCAUUCUCAUUUUAGCCCUCAUAUGAAUAUGGUUGUACAGUCUUUUGGUAACCCAUCACACACAACAGUUCAAGGCGACUCUGUGGCAUCUGUCCCCGUGCUCUCCACUUAGCAAUGUCUACCUGAGUGGAGCAGUCCACCCAAAAUGUAAAAUAAAAAUGCAUAUAGUGAUGCUGACCCAUGAUAACAGUUGGAGGGCCUUAUACAGGCACUCUGUAGCUAAGAAUAACAAGCCAGCCAUGAAUCAAUGUAACUUUUGAUUUUGUGAUGCUGUACUACAAGCUGAUAUAGGGUGCGUUUACUUUUUCUUUUUUUUAUUAUUGUUGCUUUACUAUCUUACUCAAAACAAUUUUUACUCAUCAGUGUGUAAGAAAUACUGCAUUGCAAAAAAGUAAAAACAGAUUUAUACAUGAAAAUAUAUAUAUUUAAAAAAGUAUAUAUAUAUUUAUAUAUAUAUAUGUAUACUUAUAUUUACAUACAGUCCCCUCUGAAAGUAUUGGAACAGCUAAACAAAUAAUUUUUUUUGCUAUACUGAAGAAAUUUGAGGUUAAAUGUUGAAUAUGAAAUCUGAAAUAUGAAUAUAUGAAUAUGAAAGAGAAUAUGAUCAGAAUUUCAGCUUUCAGUUCCUGAUGCCUCAUUAUUAACAAACAUUGUCAUUAGAGCUGCUACAACUAAUCGAAAAAAUCGACAAUAAUCGUUUAUGAAAAUUGUUGUUAACGAAUCUCAUUAUCGAUAAGUGCCUGCACGCGGCACCAGGUACAUUUACUCAUUACGUUAUUUCUCUUCCAAAAACACACUUCAGAGAGUAAAUACUAAAGUUGUGUCCCAAAUGACGUGCUAUACACCUACACUAUGCACUGUGUACUCUACCGUCUAGUGUAUGAAUUUUAGAAAGGUAAUAUCAUCUCAAAUGGGACAGUUUUUUUUGUUUUUUUUACUAACCGGAAGUAUAAGCCGGUGCAUUUUAUAUUAAACACCGCGGAGAUGAUCAAACUUUAUAAAGCGGAGUUUGUGUAGCAGGGAAGCACGACAGUGAUACACAAGCACAAACUUAUGUUUAUAUCCAAAAUGCUCCACUGUGUGUAAGGGGCAGGGGAAACUGGUGCGAGUUGCUUAAAAGGUUUAGUUUUAUUUAAGUUUAUUGUUAUUAUAUGCUGUGUUUGUAGUCAGUGUAAAUUCUGUUGUUUAUUAAAACGGAAGUGAUCUGUUAGUAAUAAGGCCGUGUUGCUCCUCACCCGCGGUGUAGACGCAGUGAUGCACAGUGUGAGCGCAAGUACAAUCUGUAAUGUCUCAUUAAAAUACUAUGAGCAAAAGUAAACACAAGGAAAACAAUAUGCCUAAAGAGAGUAACAGAAGCCACAAGGUGCAAUAUAUAUUAAUUUAGGACUGUAAUUUAAUUCAGUGCUUUUUGCGCAUUCAUAAAAAAUAAUGCAUAAAUACUUAUACAUAUAUUUCUCUGCAUACUUGACAUGUACAUGGUACUAUGUCCUCAUUCUCCUCCUAAUUGGCUGUCAAUAAACAUUUAUUCGGAGGCAAAACAAAGCUGAAAGGAAACAGAAAAGCAAUGGACUGUUGGAAUAGCGGUGUCAUCUUCCAGACACACACACACACAUAUAUACAUAUAUAUAUAUAUAUAUAUAUAUAUAUAUAUAUAUAUAUAUAUAUAUAUAUAUAUAUAUAUAUAUAUAUAUAAAGUAUUUAUGCAUUAUUUUUUAUGAACUACAGUCCUAAAUUAAUAUAUAUUCUGGUGUGUGUCUGUGUGUAUUGGGUACUUUUCAGUCUUAUAUAAUUGGACAAACAGUUGUGUAAAUUUUUAGUCUGAAGUUUAUGAAAAUUAUGAAUUAUGAAACAAUUGUUUAAUUGAACAAUUAUGAAAAUAAUUGUUAGUUGCAGCCCUAAUUGUCACAAAGCUUUUAUUAAAAUCUGGGUCUAGAAUUCA